ACGUUUGAACGACCCGUGCACAUGUGAGACAACGCUACAGUGUCUAUUGCAGUGUCGUUAAAACCUGAAGAAAUUAAAAAUUUAACCUCACUUUCUCGGGUGGAUUAGACAUGAAGAAGAAGCGGGUAAAUGCUGCGUCAGUCAAGAUGAUUCCAACAGAAUUGACCAAUAACGUGAAGGAGAAGGAGGAAAAUGAACCUCCUAUUAAAGUGAAAAAGAGCAACUCUGGGGAGCUGGCGUACCGCCCGGUGAAGAUGUCCAGAAGUGACCUGUAUAGACCCCCAACAGUGGAGGAGCUCAACCAGCUGAAAGAGGCAGAAAGUUUAUUUCACUGCAGCUUGCUCAAAAUGCAGAUGGAGGAGCUGCUGAAAGAAGUAUCCCUCAGUGAACGCAGGAAACUACAAAUCAAUGCUUUUAUUGAGACAGUCACCAAACUCCUGAGGAGCGUACCACUCUCACCUGAGGUGGAGAUACACGACCUGUCAUGGUUGUCCAAUGAUGUGAAGGUUCCUAUCCUCCUGUUACCAAAAACACAAAAGGGCAAAUUCCACAUGGGGCCUCCCGCUUCUAUUGAUCUGAUUGGAAGUUACCCGUUGGGAACCUGCAACAAGCCACGCGUCAUAGUCGACCUGACUGUCACAAUGCCCGCUGAUAUCCUCCACCCUAAAGACUUCUUAAACCAGAGGUAUCCCAGGAAAAGAGCCAUCUACCUGGCAGGUCUGGCUCAGUAUCUGUCAACCUCCUCCGACAUAGGAUCCAUGUCGUACUCUUGCCUUCAUGGUAAUCGGCUUCGACCAGUUCUGCUGCUGAAACCUCCAGGUAAAGAGUCAUCCACCAUGACAGUCCACCUUCAUGCUUGUCCACCUCCUGGAUUCUUCAAACCCAGACGCUUCCACCCUCAAAUGAAUAACAUCAGGACAGGCUGGUACACGGGGGCAAAUAACACGCAGUCCGAGGCCAGUGAGCCUCCAACUCCACAUUACAAUAGCUCCCUUCUUGGUGAUCUGCUGGUCAGGCCUCACCUCCAGUUCCUGUCUGCUGUGAGCGCUCAAUGCUCCGCUUUUCCUAACGGGGUGGCUUUGCUCAAAGUCUGGCUCCGUCAGCGAGAGCUGGACCAGGGCACCGGGUGCUUCAACGGCUUUCUGGCCUCCAUGCUCUUGGCGUACCUUCUGACCACGCACAGAAUCAGCAACACCAUGACUGCCUAUCAGCUGCUGCGAAACACUUUGAACUUUCUGGCAAACACAGACCUGACUAUGAAUGGAAUCACUCUGGCCAAAGAUCCCGACUCGACAGCACCUUCAAUGGCAGACUUUCACGAUGCAUUCCAGGUCGUGUUCAUCGAUCCGUCCGGACAUCUCAACAUGUGUGCCGAUAUGACGGCUUGCACUUACAAGCAGGUGCAGCAGGAGGCGUCCAUGUCACUGCAGUUCUGGGACGACCCCACUGUGGAUGGUUUCCACAGCCUCCUCAUGACCCCCAAGCCUAUGACAAGGACCAGUGACCACAUCUUCCAAUUGUGUGACCUUGUCAAGCUGCAGUUCAGCUGUAAGAAGCUGAACUUCCUCAGUGAGCUGAUGGACCAUAGCGGAAACUACGUGCACACGGCGCUCCCGUUUAUACUGUCGCUGCUUCAGAAAGGACUCGGCCAAAGGAUCAGCCUUCUCACCCACUCACUUUCCCCGGAACCUGAGUGGUCGCUGGAUAGCGAACUCCCAAAGUACAAGGCCCAGCCGCCUCUCACCUUUGGUUUGGUGUUGCGGCCUGAGCUGGCCACGUCUGUCUUGGAACGAGGACCUCCAGCAGACAACCCGAAGGCUGCCGAGUUCCGACAGCUUUGGGGCGCUCGCUCGGAGCUCCGUCGUUUUCAGGACGGCGGCAUCACUGAGGCUGUCCUGUGGGAAGGAGAAAGCAUGUGCCAGAAACGGCUGGUACCGCAACAGAUCAUCACACACCUACUACAACUCCACGCAGACAUCCCCGAGUCUUGCGUGCAACACGUCGGGGCAAAGAUUGAGGACGUUAUCAAAAUGGGAAGAAAGGUGCCGAGUACUGGAGAGGAGGGAAGUUUGCGUGUGGUUCAGUCAUAUGAUGACCUGAGCAGAAAACUAUGGAAGCUAGAGGGUCUCCCACUGUCCAUUACGUCGGUGCAAGGUGCCCAUCCAUCACUCAGAUACACACAGGUUUUCCCUCCUCUGCCACUGAAAUUCGACUACUCCUUCUUUGACAAAGGAAAGCCUUUCCAAAUUCUGAUACCCAAGGAAGGUAAACCUUGCCCGGCUUAUGUGGACCCCAUCACAGUGAUCUGUCACAUGGAGGGCAGCGGAAAGUGGCCUCACGAUCGCCUCGCCAUCCGCCACAUCCGAGCUGCUUUCCACAUCCGCCUGGGAGAGUUACUCAAUAUGCAGCAUGAUUACACGUGUAUACCCUGUGCCACACACUUGGACGUCUGGAAGGACGGCUUCGUGUUUCGCAUCCAGAUGGCGUAUCAUCGAGAGCCCCAAGUGCUGAGGGAGCGAGUGAGUCCCGAGGGACUGCUGAUGACCCGGGACAACGAGGAGGCUCAGAGCUUGGAGAUGAGGACUCUACACAAGCCUCUUCUAACCAGCACACUGCACGGUCUCCAGCAGCAACACCCGUGUUUCGGGGCCGUUUGUCGCCUGGCCAAACGUUGGCUCGGGGCCCAGCUCUUCAGUGACGAUAUCACAGAGGACGCGGCGGACCUUCUGGUGGCUUACCUCUUCCUGCAGCCCGCGCCAUUCACCCCUCCCGGUUCUCCUCAGGUGGGCUUCCUCCGCUUCCUUCAUCUGCUCUCCUCCUUUGACUGGAGGAACAACCCGCUGGUCGUCAACCUCAACAAGCAGCUCACAGCGGCCGACUACACAGAGAUCAAGAAUGACUUCAUGGCCUCCAGGGAAUCCCUACCAGUCAUGUUUAUAGCAACGCCUAAAGACAAAAAUGUUUCCAUGUGGACCAAGCGAGCCCCCACUGUCCAGAUUCUGCAGCGGGUGGUGAUGCUGGCUGCUGAGAGUCUCAAAGUUCUCGAACACCAGCUUAUGGAUGGCAGUCAGAUCCAAGAUGUUAGGGUGGUCAUGCGUCCUCCUCUGGAAGCUUACGACGUAUUGAUCCACCUGAACUUCAAGCAUAUUCCGCUGCUCGGCCAAGCCGUGGACCCUCCCACCGUCAACUUCUGCAGGGGGACGGUCCCCGGCAACGUAUCCACCUCAGGAGGGAGGGUGCCCGUGACGGACUUCAACCCCGUCGCGCUCUACCUGGCAGAGCUGCGGGACGCAUUCGGAGACCUGGCCCUUUUCUUUUGUGACCCCUAUGGAGGAUCUUUGAUCGCCGUUUUAUGGAAGCCAAAGGCCUUCGCCCCUCUGCCCUUCAAGACGUCCCAGAUCUCUGCUAGGAGUGUGGAGGUAACCGGCGAAGAAGCAAAGACGAUUCCAAAUGUGGAAGCUAUACUGGAGGACUUCAGCAUCAUUGGAAAGGAUUUGGUCAGAUCUGUAGAGGCCAGGACUGAAAGGUGGUCAUUUUAGGCUGAUCUAUGUUUUCACCAUUUUCUAUACAUUUGCUUAGGAAAACAAACCUAAGCAAAAUUUUAUUUCUAGUCUUUUGAGGCAUAAAAAAAUAUAAUCAUGUUGAAGCACGUCUAAUAAAUAUAGACUUUA